CUAAUAUAUAUACCCCACACACUUUCUGGGUUUAUCUCUCACUCUCUCUCUCUCUCUCAUCGACAUCAUCACGUAAAGGUGCAAACGAGUCUCGACUCGUUUGUUCUCUUGUAUCCUCUGCUCUACAACCCACUCUUCCCCAAUUUUCACAACAACAGUCAUGGGUAGGAAGCUAGAUGCUCUGUUGGGAAGAAACAUCAGUACCUCCAAGUUCAAGCCGCUCGUCAACGUUGCCGUCUCUCGUGUCAGCGUCCUCAAGAGCCAGCGCCAAGCCCGGUGCUCUCUUGCCCGGUCCGACACCGUUCAGAUCCUCAAACUUGGCCAACAUGAGCGAGCUCUUCUUCGGGUUGAGCAAGUGAUCAAGGAACAGAACAUGUUGGAUGUGCUUGCUAUGAUUGAAGGGUAUUGUCUUCUGGUGUUAGAGAGGCUCAAUCUCAUAGAACAAGACAGGGUAUGUCCUGAUGAACUGAAAGAGGCCAUAUCGAGUUUGCUCUAUGCAUCUACGAGAUGUGGAGAGUUCCCAGAGCUCCAAGAGAUGCGCGCGUUUUUCACAUCUCAUUAUGGGAAGGAAUUUGUGGCUCGUGGUACUGAAUUACGCAACAAUUGUGGGGUCAAUCUCAAGAUGAUACAGAAGCUGUCAACCAAACAACCAAUUUUGGAGGACAGGUUCAAGGUGCUUAAGGAAAUUGCUUCCGAGAAUGGGAUUGAUUUACAAGUCGAAGAACCUUCUCCAAAGAAAACAGAGGAGAAAUUGGAGGAAGACCAGAAGCAGAACCAGCCUAACCCGAACCCAUCAGCGAAUUCCGGUGAUGAUAAGCUUGGAGAUGGUUCGCAAAUAUUAAGAGAUGAUAUUGAAAGGGUUGAGAGGUUUUCUGAUUCUGUGAUGGGGAAGAAAAAGUACAAGGAUGUGGCUGAUGCAGCACAAGCUGCUUUUGAAUCGGCAGCUUAUGCUGCAGCAGCUGCAAGAGCGGCAGUGGAACUCUCUCGGUCUGAAUCCCAUGAGCCCGAUGAUCCAAGUGGUCCCAGUCCUCGAAGGAAACAAGUACUUGACACUCAUGAGCAAAUGCAAUUUGAACUUCAGACUCGGUCUGAAUCUCACGAUCCUGAUGAUCCAAGUAGUCCCAGUGGUCGAAGGAAACAAGUACUUGACACUCAUGAGCAAAUGCAAUUUGAACAUGAGACUGGUGAGGAAGAAGAUUUGAGAGGAAUUGAGGACCGGAGUGUUGGAUUGGGAUUUGAAAAAAACCACCAAAUUGAGAACUACCAAUCUGAAUCCGAAGAUGAGGAAAUCCAUCCAAUUGAGUACUACCAAUCUGAAUCUAAAGAUGAGGAAAUCCACACUGGAAGUGAGGAUCAGGACUCCAAACAGAGUAAGAAUGCAUCUGAACUUCAGAGAUCAGUGUCUGCCUCGAGUUCAGAUCCAGAUGAGAACAUUUUGAAGGAGACUACAAAUUUUCCAGAAGCGGGGAGCAAGUCCAAGACAUCGGAGACGAAAAUAGUUUUUGAUGACAGUGAUGAUGAGACUGGAAGUGAUCAUGGAAAAAUACAGUUGCCGAAGACCCAUGACUUGGGUUCUGAUAUGAAGCCAAGUUUGUUUUCGAAAGAAAGAUGGAGGUCUAAGAUAUGUAAUACUGAUAAGAAGGAAGAUCAUUCAGCAGCUGGUGGUGAAAAGCUCUCCCACCGUCCUCACAAGCACUUCUUUUUUAGAUCUCGAGCUCGCAUGAAUUUAGAAUCAGGUUCGGUAGAGCCCAAAGCACAUUCUGCUGAAGGAUCCAGGACUCAAAGUGCACGGCCUGUGGACGUGCAGAGCAGGCCAACCUCUGUGAGGACAAAUCUAUCACAUCAGCGCUAAGAAGCAUAUGAUUACAUUAGGGGUUGUAAAAGAUUUGGUGAGUUACAGUUUAAUAAGCUGCGUUUGCAAAUUAGCUUGCUUUGUUCAUUUUUUGAGUAUAUAAUUUGUGGAAAUGUAAUUUUUGUGCAAUGGUUUUGAACGGUGAGUGGUUUCCCAUUUUUUUGUGAAGUUAAAAGUAUUGUUUUGUUGUUAAGGUUAAUAA